AAACCAGGGAAACAUAUAAUGGUAGAAAGCUGCCGUUUGUUGUGUUUGACGUCUGUAUAUGUUGUAUAUGUAAAUCUUCCAUUAUUCUUUGCUCCUGAUCAGUUUUCGGCAGUUACCGACAUGUUCUACUGCAGUUACUAUCUACAAAACAUUCAGUAUAACAGAUUCAAGAGUUUUGCAAAAAGAUGCUGCAUCAUGAACAUGGAGAACAAAGCCUUGCAGGAUGCAGUGGUUGACUGUGCGAGGUCCACGCACCAUGACGCAUCUGAAAGUUGUUGCUACUGUAAUCAGCAUCGUGUUGCUAAAGCUUUAACUCGUGUGCUUCGUUUCGUUUGUGUUGACAUGGGAAUUUGUAGUUAAACUAGGAAACCCUGAAGAAUACGGUCUUUCAGUUGGGAGAAUGAAGAAUAUCGUACUUUUGUUUUA